AUGGCGUUCGAUGUCAAACAUUCUAAAGAACUAAGGGGUGAACAAGGAUUCCUUGUUUCUUCUUCAGGGGCAGACGCGGUUGUCCAGUGGUAUCUCCAUGGCGGCUCCGGCGGAAGGAAGAACAAGAACAACAAAAGCAGUGAUGAAGCCAAGAACUAUCUCUUGGCUAUGAGAUGGUGUUUGUGGUACGCAGAUAAGCGAGGAAGGAAAGAGUUACGUUACACUUCGCCACAGGGAAAAGUUUAUUACUCGCUUAAAACAGCCUGCAAGGCUUGCAUGGAUGAAGGAGUUCUUAAAGAAGUUGUUUUUUCUUAUCAAAAUACAAAGUCAAAAGAGUCUUGUACUAAAUUUUCUAACGCUUUACGGUUAAGAAAUAAGAGGAAGAUGGAGAAGUCAGAAAAUUUAGAGGAACCCAGAAGAGGGAAACCGUUGAAAGCAUUGAAGAAAUUGAGAGAGGUUCAAAAGAAAAAGAAGCCAGCCCGCGUGCAGGUGAUUCUUGGAACUUCAAGGUUUAAUCUUAGAGUUGUAUUGUCUAAGUUGAUUGAAAAGAAAGUGGUAACGCCAGGUGAAUUCGUAUGUUAUAGUGGGAAUUUGGGUGAAGGGUGGAUAUGUAGUACAGGGAUCAAGUGUAAAUGUUGCAUUAAGGUGUUUGCAAUCAGUGAUUUUGAAGCCCAUGUGGGUAGCAAAAAGCAUAGGCUUGCUGCUAAUAUUUUUCUUGAAGAUGGGAGGUCUUUGUUGGACUGUCAAAAGGGACUGUUGAGCAAUAAUAAAUCGGCAAGUGGUGAAGAGAAGUUGUGUGAUGAGAUGGAAGAUAGUGGUCAUCAAGAUGUGAGUUAUGAGGUGUGUUAUGUUUGCCACUAUGGAGGUGAAUUAAUCAUAUGUGAUUCAUGUCCUUCCACUUAUCACAAGGAUUGCCUUGGCUUAGAGGAGAUUCCAAGUGGAGAUUGGUUCUGCCCUUCAUGUUGUUGUGUGAUCUGUGGUGAGGGAAAAUCUGAGAAAACAAUGGAGAAUUCUGUGGAUGAUGGUAUUGUUCACACUUGUGAUCAAUGCGAGCAUAAAUUUCACACGGGUUGUCUGAGGAGAAGAGGGGAAGUUAAGGUGAAAAAUUAUGCUCAUGAUAAAUGGUUUUACAGUGAUAGAUGUGAACAUGUUUCUACUUGCCUCCAUAAGCUUACAAGAAUGCCUAUAUCACUAGGUAUAGAUGAUUUAACCUGGAGAUUAUUGAAGAAUGGUAAGGUCUUAAAGGAGAAUCAGAGGAAGUUGAAUGAGGCAAUUGAUGUUAUGCAUGAGUGUUUUGAGCCAGCUCAGGACCCUUUAACAGGAAAAGAUCUUGUUGAAAAUCUUAUCUUAAAUAAGAAAUCAGAGAUGAAGCACAAGAACUUUCAAGGAUUCCACACAAUUGUUCUGGAGAAGAAAGGAGAAAUUGUUUCUGUGGCAACUGUUAGAGUGUUUAAAGAGGUUGCUGAGAUGCCAUUAGUUGCUACCAGAUUCAAGUAUCACGGACAAGGAAUGUGUCGUCGCCUGAUGGGUGAGCUUGAAAGGCAGCUUGUUGAAAUAGGAGUGAUGAAUUUGAUAUUGCCUUCAGCCCAUAGCGUGGUAAAUACAUGGAUUACAAAAUUCGGGUUUUCAUAG